AUGGCGAGUCCACCUCCCGAAAGCAAUGACUUCAACUGGUCACCAAACAGGCUCUCAGUUAUCCGUCGGAGGGCCUUGGUCCUCGCUGGUUUUUGUCUACUCACCUUCUGUUCAACUGUAUUUGUCAAAGUUAUUACAGUCGGGACGGUAGGCCUUGAGCAACAGGGCCUCAUGAAGCGACAGUUUCAGCUCGGUGGAUUGCUAGGAGGCAUGUUUAGAGAGGUAAAUGGUGCAAAAUCUCUCGAAAUACCAUCAACCGCAGAGUCUGUGCAGCAAGAUUCCACUACUACUUCAUGGAUGUCAAGUCACACAGUCGAGAUACCCACAUUGGCAAGUCAUACUCUCGAAUCUUCAAAGGCAAUCACAGAGACUACGGGGUCAAAUAUUUCGCCUGGUGACCCCAAUAAACUGCUGGAUAUCUUGGCGGCGGCAGUGAAACAGGCGAUCAAAGAUUCAGAAAAGCUCCCAUCCACAGCACUGAAUCAUCUUCAGAAGAGCGUUCUAUCCGAUUUGAUUGCAGGUCAGUCAUUUGCGGCACCACUUUCAGCAGACUCGUCGAUAUCUCUCCCUUUUCAGACGUCUCGUUCAAACUCUAUGGGAAUUCUUCCGACUCCCUCGGUCAGGAUCCUUGGUGGGCUCUCAGCGGAUGACUUAACAUUACGAAUGCACACUGCACGAGCAAUUGCAGAGGUGCCCCCGUCAGGAUUUUCGACUGGUGGCCCUUCUUUUCUGAGCGAAGUGUCAAAUAUUGUUGCAGAAAUAUCGGACAUUGAUCCAAUAGCGGCUGCCAAGCUCACAGACACGGUACUCGAUGCUCUUCAUGUGAAUCCGUCCGCCAUUGCUUCAGCAGUACCAAAAGUCGCAAAUCAGGCUUCUCUUCCAGCUGCGGAUCUGCUCCCACUUAUCAUUCCUGCUGUUGCUCAGGCUAUGGAUCAGCCUCUACCUCCGAUACCUUCCGUAAGCACAUUGGAUAUGGUGGAAACGUUAGACAAGGUCCUCCAGCAAGGAACAACAGUCAUCAAUGAUCUCAGCAGAGCCCUUGAAGAUAUCACUGAUCCAUCGCUCCUAGCAGUUGUCAAUCAGGUUGCUGUGAUCGUCAGUGAUGUUGCCGACUAUUUGGAUAAGCCCCUUUGUGCCGUUGAUCAAGUCCUGGACGGGGUUUCUUUUGACGCAGUCAUACCUUGUGCUUCAGCCGAAGCCGCGUCUCUUACUUCAGUCGGCCAACUCACAACAUUGGCUGCACCUGUGUUGCCUGGGCCAACACCUCAUUCUACCUCGGGAGAAAUCACGACUCUUGCACCACCUAGUCCAUACUCAUCCAAGCCUGCAGCCGAAAGUCCAACCAAAACGAACAGUCCAUCUCCUGCAAAUUCAGGAAACGGAGGCAGCCCUGCAUCAAACAAUGGUUCCCCCGCCGGAACUACACCAGCCAGCCCAUCAUGUCCCACGUGUCCAUCUUGCGAUCAGUGUGCUCCCAAGAUCUGCUCUAUACAGGGCCCCGAGGGGCCAAGUGCCCACCAACCUCCUGAUCCUUCAAAAGGGCCUUGUCCUGGAAGGGGUUUCAAAUGUGCUGAAUGUCUUGACGGCUGGUUUUGCCCUCCGCAAGAGACACCAGCGCAAGUCGCUCCUUGCGGAGUUGGAUGGCCGUGUUAUCACUGUCCAGAAGGCUGGUUCUGUGCCUCAACGGCAACACCUAUCCCAACGCCUCCUCCAAGUUCCGUGGCAGGAUCGCCCUCAGGGAUUAUAAGCACAGGUGGUGCUACAACUCCAACGAUACUUCCAAAUACUGGUAACCUUCCAGACGACUGGACCCAACUAGGGUGUUUUCAAGAUGCCAUUUCCCGAAUAUUACUUGGCGCCAGACCCGUGGAUUAUCUUCAGGGAGAUAUGUCUACCAAGGAAUGUGUAGGGCACUGCAUUUCAAGUGGAUAUAAGUUUGCUGGAACAGAGAAUGGCAGGGAAUGUUGGUGUGGAACUUCCAUUCGUGAUGAUGCUGUGCGGCUUCCUCAAUCUCAGUGCGGAAAGCCGUGUCAAGGCCAGCCCACGGAGGCCUGUGGUGGCAGCUGGGCUAUAGAUGUUUUUUUAUGCUCGGAUAAGUCAGACUCUCACCAAGAUCCACCAGGGAAAUCUACAGGUGGCUUCAUGUUCCGACUUCUAUCCAGCUUCAAAAGCAACAAUCGAAAGGCACAUCACCAGGCUUUCUAG